ACCCAAUUGGCUGACACCACAGCUCUAUCUUUCCGGGUCUUUCCACGUCUCCAGCGUAUUUCUGCAGAGCUGGGCCAGAGGGAGCCAGAAAGUACCCUGUGUUUGAGAACAGAAAUGAAUAAAAGCAGCAGGCAGAGUAGGAGAAGACAUGGGAGAAGAAGCCGCCAGCAGAACUCAUGGUGCAGACAGCGCAAUUCCAGUGAGAGGUGUACGACAGGACCACAGCAGAGAUCGCAGGACUCUGGCCACGGCGAUGAGGAGGCCCCAUCGACCUCAUCCAAUACUGCUGGGGAUCCUUCUGCACCAGAUCUACCUGGGUAUUACUUCGACCCCGAAAAGAACCGCUACUUCCGCUUGCUCCCAGGACACAACAACUGCAACCCCCUCACCAAGGAGAGCAUCGAGCAAAAGGAAAUGGAGCGCAAAAGACUGCAUCUGCUAGAGGAAGAGGAAAAAAAGAAAAAGAAAGUAGCCAGAAUGGGAUUUAAUGCGUCUUCCUUCCUACGAAAAAGCCAGCUGGGUUUUCUCAGCGUCAACAGUUACUGCCGCUUAGCCCACGAGCUACGACUGAGCUGCAUGGAGAGGAAAAGGGUGCACAUCCAGCGCUCAAAUCCCUCCACUUUGACGAGCGACCAGUUCAGCCUGAUCCUGGCGGAUACCAACAGUGACCGACUCUUCACAGUGAACGAUGACAUCGGAGGUGCAAAGUAUGGCAUCAUCAGCCUGAGUGGACUGAAGACCCCCGCACUCAAAGUGCGCAUGCUUGAAAACUUCUACUUCACCAGCCGUAAGGUGAAUUCCGUGUGCUGGGCCUCGCUGAACCACUUGGAUUCACACGUUCUGCUGUGCCUCUUGGGAUUUGCACAGACUCCGGGCUGUGCCACUCUGAUCCCAGCGUCACUGUUCACCAGUAGUCACCCAGGUGUAGACCGGCGUGGCAUGCUCUGCAGUUUCCGGAUCCCCGGUGCCUGGUCUUGUGCUUGGUGCCUGAACAUCCAGGCAAACACCUGCUUCAGUACUGGCUUGUCUCGGCGGGUCCUGUUGACCAAUGUGGUGACAGGACACCGGCAGUCGUACAGGACCAGUAGUGACGUCUUGGCCCAGCAGUUUGCUAUCAUGACUCCUUUGCUGUUUAAUGGCUGUCGCUCUGGGGAGAUCUUUGCCAUUGAUCUUCGUUCUCGAAGUCAAGGCAAGAGCCGUAAGGCCACCCGCCUAUUCCACGAUUCAGCAGUGACCUCUUUGAGGAUUCUCCAGGAAGAGCGAUCAGUGAUAGCAUCUGACAUGGCUGGAAAGAUCAAGCUGUGGGACCUCAGGGCCAUGAAGUGUAUAAGGCAGUACGAAGGUCAUGUGAAUGAGUAUGCCUGCCUGCCCUUGCAUGUGCACGAGGAAGAAGGAAUCCUGGUGGCAGUGGGCCAGGACUGCUACACCAGAAUCUGGAGCCUCCAGGAUGCCCACCUGCUCAGAACCAUACCCUCCCCAUACCCCACCUCCAAGGCUAACAUUCCCAGCGUGGCCUUCUCUUCUCAGCUCGGAGGCUUCCAAGGAAGCCCAGGGCUGCUCAUGGCUGUCAAGCAGGACCUUUACUAUUUCUCCUACAGCUAAUUCUGCAGGGGGAGCCCAGAGGAGUAUGGCUGUAGCUGAGGAGAGUAAAGAGUGGCUUAUUUCCAUUUCUAAGGAGGGAAUUUUAAGCGAUGCCCAGUGCUUGCAGAUCAUCCCUCUGGCUGCUAGGAGCAGGGUGCUAAGGAUUGUAAGUGGAGGCACUUCAGUAAAGUUGUUACAGUUAAAUGGUGGGCUCAGAGAGCUUGAAAGUCCUUUUCAUAAAAGGUAUUUAUUUCUUUCUCUUGUUAAAUUCUCCAGAGUAGUUCCCUACCACCACCACCACCCCUUUUUUAACAAAAAGACUUUUGUAAGGAUUAAAGAUGGGCAAAAACUCAAAUAAAGCUGGUGCUUUAACCAAAAGCCCCUUGGAGAAGCUCAAUGAGACUAGUGAGACUGUUGGAGUAGUCAGUGCCUUGAUUUUAGGAAGAAUUGCAUUUGUCCUUGACAAAGCCAGCGGGGUUGGAGAGGAAAGGCAAGUCAUGUCUCGCGAAUCUAUGGAAUAAAGAUUUAAGGCUGGAGUUUGGAAUCAUUAAUGUGGCUGUCUCAUACUCGGCUUCAGCAUAUCCAAUCAAAAAGAUUGUUUUUGUUACUGCUAUUAGGCAUUGAAAGGAAAGGUGGAUUUUUUUUUUUUAAUUCUAGAAGUUUAUUUUGUUUUUUGGUACCAGGGAUCAAACUCA